AAGACAGGCCCGGCUCAAAACGUCUUUCGGAGCAAUGGAUCCCUAUCAGCAAAUUGCUGCAGCUCUUAAAGCACAGCUCAAACAGGAGGAUGACAUCAAGGAAGAGCUUUGCUCCAAAGUUCUGAAGGAGCACCCAGAGUGCGGCGAUGCCUUGGGGAAGCUCAAGGAACGUUUCUUUGAAAAGGCGGAAGGGUCUGAAGCUGUGAAGUUCAACGAAGUUCUUCAGUGGCUUCAGACCACAGCUGAAGCGCAACCACAGUUGAGAAAGUCCAUUUCCUUGAAGAAGCAGAAGACGGGCGAGUUAGACGAGGACCCAGCUGGAGAUCAAGAAGCUCUCAAUGUGCGAACAGCAGCAGGAUCUCUCAUUCUCACCGUGUCCAGGAAGGAGGUGGACUCAAUGCUGGUUGCCCAACUUCGCAAGAAUGUCGCCGAUCAGUUGGCACGCUGCGUGGAUGAGGUGAAGCUGGUGGCUGAUGAGAAGCAGCUGCAGAACGAUGAGGCUUGCAAGGACAUCCUUGGCUCUCGUGACUUCUUGGAGGUGCUGGUGGUGACACAGCAAAUCCCUCCGCUGGAUCCAUCGAUCGGGCCACUGCAGCAAAUGGAUACCUUGAAAUUGAUGAUUAUGUCGUCUUCGAGAGAGCAUCAGAUCGAUGCCGCAACUCAUUAUCGAAAGAUUUUAAGCAUUGAGCGAGAUCCUCCCAUCGACACAGUCCUCGAGACUGGGAUCGGCCCACGUUUGCUCGAGCUGUGUCAGGUGGACGAAAGUCCGCAAUUGCAAUUUGAGACCUUGUGGGCUAUUUGCAACAUUGUCUCUGGCUCUCAAGAUCAGACUACCGCUAUGGUACAGCUUGACGCGGUGUCCAUCAUUACCAAGGUCUUGACGGAAAGCAAAAAUUUCGACGUGUUGGAACAAGGAGUUUGGGCACUUGGGAACAUCGCCGGUGAUUCCGUACCUCACCGCAACCAUUGCUUCGAUGCAGGUGCUUUACCUAUCGUCCUCCAAAUCCUGGACAGCACGACGAAGAUCUCAUGUGCACGCAAUGCAGUUUGGACAGUGUCCAACUUCUGCCGUGGCAAGCCAGCACCGGAUUUGGUGGAGCUGAUCCCAGUGAUCCCAGUGAUUGCUCGAUACCUGCGAGAAAGCCAGGAUCAAGAGGUUAUUUGCGAUGCAUUGUGGUGCAUGUCAUACAUUUCGGACGGGCCAAAUGCGAACAUCCAAGCUGUCAUCGAUUCUGGAAUUUGCAAUCGCCUGGUGGAGUUGCUGGCGCAUGCUGCAACUUUGGUCCAGACGCCUGCUCUACGCACCGUGGCGAACCUGGUGACUGGAGACGAUGCGCAAACAGAUGCAAUCCUUGCGUGCAACCCCUACGACGCCAUGUUGUCUUUGCUGAAGAGUCAGAAGAACAAGAUUCGCCAAGAAUGUUGCUGGAUGAUUUCCAACAUUUGUGCCGGGACGCUGUCGCAAAUCCAUCAGGUCCACGACAAAGGGCUAUUAUCAGCAUUGAACACUCUUGCCAAAGAUACAGAGUUUUCCGUUCGGAAAGAGGUUGCAUUCGCUUUUUCAAAUGCCAGCGAGAAAGAAGAGAUGGCUCGAACCUUGAUUGAGUCGGGGUCUAUGCAAGCUAUUCAGGAGAUGAUGAGAACACAACAUGAUGAGAGAAUUCAGAACUUGUGCAUCACUUUCAUCACCAAUGUUUGGAAGGCGCUGAUGGCUGACGGCUGGAAGACUGAUAAACAUCUGGUGGUGACGUGGAUGGAGGACGUGGAGGAGCUCAUCCAGAAUUGCCACAAUGAAGGGAUCCGGAACAAUGCCAAGCUGGUGCUGAUGCCUGAUUGAGGGAGAGGAUGGAAAAGGAAUGGAAAGGAUGGGAGAGUGGGUGGAGCCUGUGAAGUUGGGCUUCUUUGGCCCGGCCUCCACGGAAGCAAGCAAUAAGCAAGCCUGAGUGAAAUGUCAGUUCACAUAUCAAGACCACUUGGGUUUGUUUGCUUGAACUGGCCUACAGGAGAUGUGUUUUCGUGUUGGGUAUAUAGUAGGACUAGGACACACUGAGACUGAGAAAUGAGCUCCGGUCAAAGGAAUCAAAUGAGCGAAGCAAUUGAUGUUCCAGAAGAAGGGCCAGUCGAACUUGGAGGAUCCGGAUAUGCUGCUCCUUGAUCCAAGUGUCCGAGCUCACCGUGCCAGCUAUGGAUUCCAAGUGGGUCAGAAUAGCAUUCCUGAGGCAGGUGCUGCCCUAGAUACACCAGGAGGGGUGUCAUGAGUGCGUGAAAUACGCACGCCAGAAAGGUACUGUAUCACUGUAUCACAAAUUAUCAUACUCUCAAAGGAGUAGAUCACGGCGUACGAAGUCCGCGCUCCUAUUUCUGCACAAACGAGGGGGGGUUGUGUCGUAUCCUGUCCAGCUCAAGGGCCCUAGAAAUGGCCGCAAAGAGUAAAUGCCUGAACAAAGCUUGCAAAUGAUGCAUGCGAAAGCAAACAGCAAGACGGGCAAAAGCUCUU